GGGCGCAGGUCCGGUGGCCAGGGGCCCCGCCCGGGAGAAGGGGGACCGCGCCCUCCUUUGUAAUUAUGCAAAUGAGCUAACGCAGAACUUCCACGGCCACUUUUCCAUCGGGAAUUUCCCAUCACAUCCGAGUCUCUUUCCUGUACAGACCCACGUUCCAUCCCCAGCUCAUCCCCAAAGGCUCGGGAAGCUGCGGGAAAGAAGCGGGGGCGGAGCCAGGAAUAGAAGGAACCGGGAUAAAGUCUUCACUGCGUCAAAAAAGGCCUCCUAGUGACGUCACUCCCGCCUCGGCCCCUGGGCCGCUUAGCCGCAGGGCAUGCCGGGAGGCCCCCGGGGCGCAGGCGCCGCUUCCCCGGUCCCAGGUCAGCAUGAAGCCUAGAAAGGGAAGCCUCAGACCCCGGCCUCCCUCUCUGGGCUCCCUCUCCCUCCCCAGCCCGGCUGGCAGAGGACCCAAGCCCGGAACCAGAGACAUGGCCCCCGGCAGCCGGAGCCCCUUGUCCCAGGAGUUGGUGACAAUCAAGGAUAUUUUGGUGGACUUCACUGAGGAAGAAUGGGGCCUCUUGAACCCUUCUCAGAAGGAGUUGUACCAGGAGGUCAUGCUGGAGAGUGUCCAGAACCUGCUGUCCCUGGAUGUAGAAACUGGGUUCUCAGUAAAUGAGAGGGGUAAAAAGCUGGGAAUCUUUGUCAAAGAACAUGACCUGCAAAGAUUCAUGGAUGAUGGUCCCUGUGACUUCAUUUUUAAGGAAUUGCAUGAUUUUAUUCUCAAAAUAGAUAGAUAUGCAAAGAGUGAUUCUGAAUUGUAUGAAAUUGGAAAGAGAUUCCGAUGGACUUCUAUCCUAAAUCAUUGUAAGAAAAUGACCUCAGGAAGUGAUUAUCUUCAAGGUAGUGAAUACAAGAAAUGCUUCACUGAAGAGGUAGAGGCAUUGGUUCCAGGUAAUCAGUGGGAUAUAGCUGGUAAGUGCAAUUCAGACCUCAGUGGUCAUCAGAAAAGUGAUACCGAAGAAAUGCUUUCCAUAAGCAAUAAAAGUGAGAAGGCUGUCAGUCAGAACUCUAAUCUCCUUACUCAUCAGCAAAUGCAUAUUGGAAAAGAACCUGAUGAACACAAUGUAUGUGAAGCAACCUCAUCCUAUCUCUCAUCUCUUCCUUACCAUCCUGGAAUGAAAAGACCUGGAUAUGAUCAGUGUGAGAAAGCUUUUGGUUGGAAUCCAGCUCUUGCUAGCUCUCAGAAGGUUCAUACUGGAGAGGUGUCUCAUGAAUGUGCUGAAUGUGGGAUAGUUUUCUAUUACCAAUCAUUCCUGAUUGAGCAUCAGAGAAUCCACACUAGAGAGAAGCCUUAUUCAUCUCUUCAGUGUGGAAAUCCUUCCAUAUGCAAUCAAGGUGGAGAAAAUUGUACAGAUAUCUCUAGUCUAGCAAAACAUAAGAAAACCCACAUUGGAGAGAAGGCUUAUGAAUGUAAUCAGUGUAGAAAGACUUUUAGAUUGAGGUCACAACUUGCUGCACAUCAGAGAAUCCACACUGGAGAGAAACCUUUUAAAUGUAUUUACUGUGAAAAGACUUUUAUAUCCAGCUCCCACCUUGCUAGACAUAAGAGACUCCACAUUGGAGAGAAACCUUUUAAAUGUAAGCAGUGUGGAAAGGCUUUCAUAAGUAAUUACAGGCUUGCAGAACAUCACAGAAUCCACACUGGAGAGAAGCCUUUUGCACGUAAUCAAUGUGGAAAGACUUUCACACACAAUGACAAUCUUGUUGCCCAUCAGAGAAUCCACACUGGAGAGAAACUUUUUAAAUGUAAUCAGUGUGGAAAGGCUUUCACACUCAAUGACAAUCUUGCUUUACAUCAGAGAAAGCACACUGGAGAGAAACCUUUUAAAUGUAAUCGGUGUGGAAAAGUUUUCACACAGAGAUCCAGUCUUGUUUUACAUCAGAGAAAGCAUGCAAGAAAGAACUCUUUUACAUGUAAUCAAUGUGGAAAAACUUUCACAUGCAGUGACAGUCUUGCUAAACAUCAGAGAAUCCACACUGGAGAGAAACCUUUUAAAUGUAGCCAGUGCGGAAAGGCUUUCAUGAGAAAUGACAAACUUGCAGAACAUAAGAGAGUGCACACUGGAGAAAAACCUUUUAAAUGUAAUAAUUGUGGAAAGACUUUCAGACAGCAUGUUCAUCUUGCUUUACAUCAGAGAAAGCACACUGGAGAGAAACCUUUUAAAUGUAAUCAGUGUGGAAAAGUUUUCACACAGAGAUCCAGUCUUGUUUUACAUCAGAGAAAGCAUGCAAGAAAGAACUCUUUUACAUGUAAUCAAUGUGGAAAAACUUUCACACGAAGUGACAGUCUUGCUAAACAUCAGAGAAUCCACACUGGAGAGAAACCUUUUAAAUGUAGCCAGUGUGGAAAGGCUUUCAUGAGAAAUGACAAACUUACAGAACAUCAGAGAGUGCACACUGGAGAAAAACCUUUUAAAUGUAGUCAGUGUGGAAAGGCUUUCAUUAGUGAUUACAGGCUUGUAGAACAUCAGAGAAUCCACACUGGAGAAAAACCUUUUAAAUGUAAUAAUUGUGGAAAGACUUUCAGACAGCGUGUUCAUCUUGCUUUACAUCAGAGAAGGCACACAGGAGAGAACCUUUUUAAAUGUAAUCAAUGUGGAAAGGCUUUCACCUGCAACUCGAGUCUUGCUAGACAUCAGAGAAUCCAUACUGAAGAGAAACCUUUUAAAUGUAAUCAGUGUGGAAAGGCUUUCAGACAGAGUUCAGAUGUUGCUUUACAUCAGAGAGUCCACACUGAAGAAAAACCUUUUAAGUGUAAUCAGUGUGGAAAGACUUUCAAGUUCUCCUGCAGUCUGGUUACACAUCAAAGAAUCCACACUGGAGAAAAACCUUUUAAAUGUAAUCAAUGUGGAAAGUCUUUCAGACAGAGUUCAAGACUUGCUUUACAUCGGAGAGUCCACACUGAAGAGAAACCUUUUAAAUGUAUUCAGUGUGGAAAGGCUUUCAAAUUCUACUCCAGUCUUUUUACACAUCAAAGAAUCCACACUGGAGAAAAGUCUUUUAAAUGUAAUCAAUGUGGAAAGGCUUUCACAUUCAAGGGAGGUCUUAGCCAACAUCAGAAAAUCCACACUGGAGAGAAACCUUUUCAAUGUAAUCAAUGUGGAAAGGCUUUCAAAUUCUCCUCCAAUCUUUUUACUCAUCAAAGAAUCCAUACUGGAGAAAAGCCUUUUAAAUGUAAUCAUUGUGGAAAGGCUUUCACAUUCAAGGGAGAUCUUAACAAACAUGAGAAAAUCCACAGUGGAGAGAAACCUUUUAAAUGUAAUCAAUGUGGAAAGGCUUUUACAAACAGGUCCCAUCUUGUUACACAUCAGAGAACCCACACUGGCAAGAAACCUUUUGAAUGUAAUCAAUGUGGAAAGGCUUUCAUAAAGAGAGCCGGUCUUGCUUUGCACCAGAGUAUCCAUACAGAAGAAAAGCCUUAUAAAUGUACUCAGUGUGGAAAAGCUUUCACCCGCAAGGGAGGUCUUAGUAGACAUCAGAAAAUCCAUACUGGAGAGAAACCUUUUGAAUGUAAUCAAUGUGGAAAGGCUUUCAUAAGACAUUACAAGCUUACAGAACAUCAGAGAAUCCACACUGGAGAAAAGUCUUUUAAUUGUAAUCAUUGUGGAAAGGAUUUCACAUCCAAGGGAGGUCUUAGCAAACAUCAGAAAAUCCACACUGGAGAGACACCUUUUGAAUGUAAAUAAUGUGGAAAGACUUUCAUAAAGAGAGCCAGUCUUGCUUUGCACCAAGAUUUCCACAUAGGAGAAAACUCUUAUAAAUGUAAUUGAUGUGGAAAUGCUUUCACAUGCAAGAGAGCUCUUAGUAGACAUCAGAAAAUACACCCUCGAGAUAAACAUUUUAAACGUAGUCAAUAUGAAAAGGCUUUUACAAACAAGUCCUUGAUUGCUACACAUCAGAGAAUCCACACUGGAAUGAAAUCUUUUGGAUGUAAUCAAUAUGGAAAGGCUCUUACACUCAGAGCCUGUCUUGCUAGGCACCAGAGAACUCACAAUGGAAAGAAACCUUUUGAAAGUAUUCAGUGUGGAAAGGCUUUUGCCAGAAGUGAAACCUUAUCGAACAUCAAAGAACCCACACUGGAGAGAAACGUUUUGAAUGUAGUCAGUGAGGAAAGGAUUUUCUGCAAAGGUCCUUUCUAGCUGCAUGUGGUGCUCUCUUCUUUAAAAUAUAAUGUUUCUCUCUGGGAGCAGGUUUCUUGGGGAGGUUUUCUGGAGGCAGCCUUAGUUUCAGUUCCAAGUAAUAAUCACUCAAAAUACAGCCAACUGAUAAAAUCCAAUCGUUUAUUUUCUCCUUCCGAGUCUUGUCUCCUUGCCUGGGGCUGGGCAGGUUUCUGGAGAGUCUUUCAGACCAGCC